AUGCCUGGGCAUGAAACCAAGAAGGUCCAUCCCCUCAUCUCCAUAAAUCAACAUUCCCUCUGCUAUUUUCCACUGCCCUGGUACUUUCCCAGGAGCACCAGAGGAACAAUGCUAAUUGGUCUAUGUGGAGGCAUCUGCUCUGGGAAGAAUGCUGUGGCAGAGUAUCUGACCCAACAUCAAAAUUUUCGACGCCUUGAAGUGAAAUCAGGCACUCCCCCACAGGCUGCAGAUGAUCUUCGAUUACAAGCCUCUGGCUUGACGGACGAUGCAACUGACCAGGUUACGCCAUUGCAGUUUGAAACAACCGGGUCGCUUCUCGAAUUUGCAACAAAAAGAUGGCAAGAACACUGGGUUACUACCCACAUUUGGGAUGCAUCUACGCUAGACCGCUUUAUACAACGUCCCUUUUUCCUUCUGGUGAGCGUUGACGCCCCGGUCAGUUUGCGAUGGAAGCGUUUUGCGGACAGGUGUCGAAGAAGGCGGCUUGAACCCCCUCACCUAGAAGAGUUUGUUCUUUGGAACGAUAAGCAGCUGUACGAAAAGAGUGUUGGCCAUGCCUUGAUCACCGACCGAGCGCAAGUCCGACUGUUCAAUCCGUCCCCCUCAUUAGACGAACUGCAUGGUGCUCUAAAGGCACUCAACCUAGCUGACGAGCAACGUUUACGACCAAACUGGGAUCAGUAUUUUAUGGAGUUGGCAUCACUCGCUGCGCAGCGAAGUAACUGCAUGAAAAGGCGAGUGGGCUGCGUUCUUGUUAGAGAACGUCGCGUCAUCAGUACUGGUUACAAUGGAACCCCACGGCACCUCAAGAACUGUAACGAGGGGGGAUGCCCAAGGUGCAAUCGUGGGGAAGGAGGAGGAGUUGGCUUGUCCACAUGUCUUUGUCUACAUGCCGAGGAAAACGCUCUGUUAGAGGCCGGAAGAGAGCGCAUUCGAGAAGGCGCAAUAUUAUAUUGCGAUACUUGUCCGUGUUUGACAUGCACCGUGAAGAUUGCGCAAGUAGGGAUUUCAGAGGUAGUAUACUCGCAAGGCUAUAAUAUGGACCAUAAUAGCGCCGAAAUCCUUGACGCAGCUGGAAUACGCCUGCGACAAUUUUCCCCAACUCGAAAUGGUCUCAUCUACCUUGAGGGGCCAGGGCAAAGGUGA